CCGGCUGAGCUUCCGGUGCGAUAGAGCGGCGCAGUGACGGGCGGGGGGUUGGUUGGUUUCUAAGGCUGCUGCUGCCGCCGCCUCUAUUUCUCUCGCCGUCCGAGCCGGCAAAAUGGUGCGCGCGCCUGAGAAGCUGGCUGGGCCGCCACGGGCCAACGGCUGCAGCCUUCCCGGCCACAAGAACGGCUUCGUACGCAGCGCCUCCGAACCCCACAGCCAGAUUCACCAUAUCACUCAAAAUGGAGGCUUAUAUAAAAGACCUUUCAAUGAAGCUUUUGAGGAAACACCAAUGCUAGUUGCUGUACUAACUUAUGUAGGCUACGGAAUCCUCACUCUUUUUGGAUAUCUUCGAGAUUUUCUGCGCUACUGGAAAAUUGAAAAAUGUCAUAAUGCAACAGAAAGAGAAGAACAAAGGGACUUUGUCCCUUUAUACCAGGAUUUUGAGAACUUCUAUACAAGGAAUCUCUACAUGCGGAUUAGGGAUAGCUGGAACAGACCAAUCUGCAGUGUACCAGGAGGCAAAGUAGACUUGCUAGAAAGGGUUUCUCAUGACUACAAUUGGACAUUCACGUACACAGGAAAAGUGAUAAAAGACAUAAUUAAUAUGGGAUCCUACAACUAUCUUGGAUUUGCAGAGAAUGCUGGACCUUCUAAGAUUCCAGUGACCAAGGUUCUGUCACAAUAUGGAUGUGGCAUGUGCAGCACAAGACAAGAAAUGGGAAAUGUGGACAAACAUGAGGAGCUGGAAACUUUACUGGCCAGAUACCUUGGUGUGGAGUCUGCUUUGGCCUAUGGAAUGGGAUUCGCAACCAAUUCCAUGAACAUUCCUGCUUUAGUUGGCAAGGGUUGUCUCAUAUUGAGUGAUGAGCUGAAUCAUGCAUCUCUUGUACUGGGAGCAAGACUUUCAGGAGCAACAAUUCGAAUCUUCAAACACAACAAUAUGCAGAGCUUGGAAAAAUUACUCAAAGAUGCCAUUGUGUAUGGGCAACCUCGCACACACAGACCCUGGAAGAAAAUUCUCAUAAUUGUUGAAGGCAUAUACAGCAUGGAGGGAUCGAUUGUCAGGCUACCUGAAGUGAUUGCCCUUAAGAAGAAGUACAAAUCUUAUUUAUAUUUGGAUGAAGCUCAUAGUAUAGGAGCACUGGGUCCUAAUGGCCGUGGUGUAGUGGAGUAUUUUGGACUUGAUCCUGAGGAUGUGGAUAUUAUGAUGGGCACAUUCACUAAGAGUUUUGGAGCUGCUGGAGGAUACAUUGGAGGCAAAAAGGAGCUGAUCGAUUAUCUUCGUGUCCAUUCACACAGUGCAGUAUAUGCCACAUCGCUAUCCCCUCCUGUUGUUCAGCAAAUAAUCACCACCAUGAAGUGCAUUAUGGGUGAAGAUGGCACAACGCUUGGUAAACAGCGUAUACAGCAGUUGGCUGAGAAUACCAGAUACUUCCGCAGGCGGCUUAAGGAACUGGGCUUCAUCAUUUAUGGAAAUGAAGACUCUCCUGUUGUACCUUUAAUGCUGUAUAUGCCAGCAAAAAUUGGUGCAUUUGGACGAGAGAUGUUGAAACGGCACAUAGGUGUCGUUGUUGUUGGUUUUCCUGCCACACCAAUCAUUGAAUCCAGAGCUAGAAUCUGUCUGUCCGCAAUUCAUACCAAAGAGAUACUUGAUAUUGCUUUAAAGAAAAUAGAUGAAGUUGGAGACCUCUUGAUGUUGAAGUAUUCCCGCCACCGACAGGUACCUCUCCUCGACCGGCCUUUCGAUGAGACUACAUACGAAGAGACUGAAGACUGAGUUCUUUCCAUGUCUUUUUGCAGACAGGGCACACUCCUCAGAACUCUGUGUGACUCAGAGGCCAAGGACCUUGAACCAAACACUUAACGACUGCUUAUCUUAAACAGAAUGACUUUUUACUCACAAAACUGAAGUGGCCACAGCAGCUCUACGUGGUGUGUUGUGAUGGCAAAACAAACCCUGGCUUUUAUUCUGUUGCUUCAAGGUCUUGCUCUGGAAAAGAGCUUUGCUUACAUUUUUUAAACGCUGCUCCCUUAUUUAUUUGUCACAACAACAUCCCAGUGACAAUUAUUGGCAGUGGAGGUGUUCCCCAUCAUGUUUCCAGGGGGGCAUUCUUAAUGUAACACAGUAUGUUGCAAUGAUUCUGUCACAACAUUUCCUUUUUUUCAUGACUAAAGUCUAAUCUUCUUGAGAGUGCAAGACCAGGCAGUUUGUUCAGUCGAGGCUUCUGAGGAAAUUGUUGACAGCUAACUUAAAAUAUAUUUAACAAGAAAUAAUCAACCAAAGUAUUUUCUUUUUCCAUUUAUGAUGUCAUUUUUUAUCUUUUUUGUUAUUAAAAUGAUGGUUGCCUUGCUACACGAGAAACAAGGGCACAAAACAGGAAAUCUUCCAGGGCCUUAACCAUUUUUUUUUCAGUUUGAGUACCAGCUGUCUUAGGGUAAGUAGAAAAGGAUAUUUUAGGGCAGCCCAACUCUUUAUAUGGAAAUUUCUCUGAUACAGAAUCACAUACCAGCUCUGAGAUGCAGCCACUAUUCCAUUGUCCUGUAUCAGUUCUGUUGUUUAUUGGACCAACCAGCGUCUAGUCUCUUCUGGCAUUAACUCUUGGGGGAAGAGGCCAAGGUCAGAUGGAUUGAUUAGAGGGAAAAGGCUUAAAUGUAAAAGAUUCCUUACUUUCCCUCCUUUCAUGUUAUAACAUUCCUCUUCUAUAUCCUGGUAAAGCUAGAUUUUUAAUUUUUGCCUGAAUAGUGCAUUUCUGUGAAAGCAUGAACAUUGACGGCAGAAGCCUUUUCAUGAUUUUUUCAUUGCUUUGACUAAAUUGACUAAAUUAGCUGCUUUUUAUGGCCACAGAAGGUAGAUAAAAUGAGGCCAGAUCCACAACACUACAUAUGCUCAGGUAGGUUUGCCUGGAUUGUUUUGGGAAAUAGUUUUGAGAGCAAUCUGUGUAUGAAGAACAAACAUGAUUCUCCAUGAUAAAGUAAACUCUUAGUCUGUUGGGAUUCUGUUGAGAGGCAUCAGCCAUUUCUUUGACAUGAGAUAAGAGUUCCCAUAGCACUCCUGUGGAUUCCUGUAGAUUUUUGCCCUAAGAUGCUCAGAAUAGUGCUGGGCAGAGGGGAAAUGAUGUUGGAGGAUUUCAUUUUCAGAAGUGAGACAGCAGUUGAUCUUGGAAUACGAGUUGCACUUUAAGUGUUAUAAAAAUGUCUACACUGUCUCAAGUGAGUUUAGUUUACUGUGUAUUGUUAUGUUUUGAAUUCUGAAUUCAUAUAUGAGCCAUUCAUCAACAAGGGUACAGUAUAUGAUCCUUUUGCAUGUGUGCAUUAUGAAGUCACAGCACAAUGGAUUAACUUUUUAUUCUUUAACCACAGAACCAUUUUCACAUUUUGCACCAGCUUCAGUGUGGCAUGAAUCUCGGUUAUAUCAGAGUUAGGAUUUUCAUGGUAUGGCUUGGAAAUAAGAAAUCCCGAGAAAGGAUAACAGACUGCACUUACUGAUAGUUUGCAGCAUAGUUUGCCAAGGUCUGAAAUGAAGGGGGAGGGGAGUUCUAAGAGCACUUGGUCUUAUGUAUUGAACAUGUGAAUAUCAAAAGGCUCUGUUCUGCCUGACUGUGCCACAGGGCCUUUAGCAAUGUGAACAAAAUGCACAGAAGAGGGAAAUUAAUAAUACAAGUAUCUGUAAAUGUUUUUGAAGAAUACUUCAACUAAACUGGUUUAUUCACUAAAAAGUGCUUUUAUUGGUAAUUAUGAUGUCCAUUUUUAUUGGAUGUUAAAAUGUUUCUCUUGAGAAUCCACCACCCACCAUUCCUAGGUUUCUUCUGUUCAAAAUUACUGAAAAAUAUUGACUGUGGGAAAAAUAUUGACUCUGGGAAUAAGCUACAUAUUAUGGUUGUAUCAGGAAAUGUUGAUCAUAUGUAUAAACACUCCAUUCUGCAGCAAACAUAUAUAAGGACGUCAAAUGUACAUACAUCAUAAUUUCCUGCAACAACUAGAAAUGUAGCACUUUCAUUACAUAGGACAUAGGACUGGACCAAAUAUAAUAAUUAAAUUGUUUUGCAAAUUGUUCCUUAUAUUUCAGCUAAAUAACUUGCUGCCACUAAACCGAACUAACUUUAUUCUCUACAUAGCUUUUGACACCCAAAAUGAAGCUGAACAUUUUUCAUCAGAAAAUAAUAAACUGCAAUUUUUUCCUUCCACUAAAAGGAAAUGUUCUUAUAUCAUCACAGAGCAAUCUUAAGAUAGUACAAAGUGGUCUAAAGAAGAGCUAACUUGUAUGCAGUAAAUGCAGUCUGUUUUUUAUCAUCGUUUUACCGUUGUGUUUUCACAACUGCUUUUGGAGAAGUAUUUCUGAAAAACUGAAAGCAAAAUGAACUAAAAUGCAUUUAGCGGAAUACAUUUGAGCAGGUAUUAUAUUUUGAGUAUUUGGGCUAACUUUGAAUUCAGGAAUGAGGAAGAUAGUUAAAGGUAUGGUCUGAUUCCCUGAGGAUGUUUCUUUUUCUAUGUAAGCUUUGAAUGAAAGAUAAGGAAGCAAAACGACACAGAAGACAAAUGUCUUGAAGUUGCAAUUACUGAAUGUUGUGCAUGUAUGUAUUCACAUGCACAUACACAUCUUUUAGUAAACUUGAUGUAUAAGCUCUUUAGAAGAAAAGAUGGUGAUUCAAUGUAUCCCAUACAUACCAUGCAAUAGAACUGUUUAGCACAAAGACCACAUGUCCCUAUGAUAAUGACUUUUCUUCACAGGACAGUUUAUAGUGUCACUCUGUCAUGGUGGUUCCUAAUAUACAGUGUAAUGGGAUAAGGUUCAUGGGAAUGAAAAGGACAACUUUUCCUGGUUUUGAAAGGACACUCUACUGUCUGUAUGGUUGUUCUCUUGAGAAAGCAGACAGAAUUUCAUAGCAGAGGAAACCAGACUCAAAGUACAGAAAUACUAUGUAUUUACAUGGAGAGUAUUCCAAAAGGCCAAUGUUGUAGCCUAGUUUAUCCACCAAGUUUGUUUGCACACCUGAAAAAUGUAGAACUGUUACUUUUUUACAUCUCAUAUUGUACCAAAGGCAAAAUUGCUUGAGUUUAAGCUCUUAAAGUCCUCUUUAAUGCCUGAUCUCAGUCUACUAAGUUUUUGUAUCAGAUAAAUUGCUCUUGCACAUUGAAUGUUGUGAACACAUAGAAAAGCCUGAGAGAACUAGGAAAGAUCACUUGCUAUGUGGGUAUUUGUUGUUUUUGAACCAUACCAAAAUUCAGAGGGUGGUCAUUUCCCCAAUCCCAGCAAGGCUGAGCACCAUAAGACGAAAGGGACUUAUAAUGGUGGGCUUAAGGGACCUGCAAAUGACUUGGCUGGUAGACACGACAGCUGCCUUCCUUCAUGUCUCAAACAUCAAUUUGUAGAAUUAAGUCCUUUAUCACAGUUUGAAAAACUUGUCACCAAAUUAUUGUCAUGGCUAUGUAGCAUCUCCCUCUACUUUUUAGUUUUCAACAUCUGGAUGCUGCUUGCUGUUAGAUACCUCUCUCUACUUGUGUGCUGGCUGUGUCAGGACCAGAGUAUAAAUGUGGGAUCAUUAGACUUUGUUUCCAUUGUCUUGUUUUGUUUUCUUGGAAGAUGAAAUUUAUAUAACAUACAGAGUGUGCUUAUCUAAAGGCCAGAUUUUCUUUUUCUUUUUUUGUACUGGUGUGAAUUCCAGAGCAUAUAUAUCUCGGUGUGUAUGAAUUGCAAAAAAAGUGUGCACAUAUUUUAAUUUUCAAAAAAGCCUUUUAGUUUAAGAUCUUUCUUAGAGAUGUUCAUAUACAAUAAGAACAAAGACUCAAAGGGCAGUGAAUCAAAAGAAAAGAAAAACCAAUACAAGUAAAAAGAAAAUAGUAAGAAGUGUAAAAGCAGUAAGAAAAAGUAUAUAAAUUUGAUCUCCAACCUUCCUAAUGAUGAUUACAUAGAAUUAAAUUUUAAAAACCUCUUCAAAUAUAGUUAAUAUGUAUGUGCUUCACUACUCAAACAAACCUAUUAAUUAUCAAAGCAAAUGUCAAAGUCAAUAAUUUCUCAAUCUAUCAAAAAAAAGCCAAUUAAAACUUCGUAGUUCUGUGAAAAAGUCACCAGUGAUUUUUCUGUAAUCAGAAUUCUUAUAUUUUUUCAUUGCAGCUAAGUCCAAACAUUUGAACCUUUUUCAUACAUUGGUAUAAUUUUAUUCUUCCACUUCUGCACAUAGUCUUGCUGCUAUGGUCAUAUAUCACAGCAGUGUUCCAUAUUUCUUCUCCACUUUGUCCUCCACCAAUAGAUACCAUUCAGGUUUCACUUGAAAAUUAACUUGUAAAUUGUAUGUAUUUGAUUCCAGAAUUUUUGGGCAAUCCACAAGUCCGCCAUAUAUGGUGAAAAGAACCCACAUUUCCAACGUAUAUUAAAAAUGCCUUUAAUGAAUUUGGCCAUUUUUUCUGAUGUUAAAUACCAAUUUUAAUCAUCUUAUUAAAAAUCUCUUUCAGAGCAUAAUGUUAUGUACAUUCCAUUCCUUUUGACCAUUGUUCUAACUACAGUAUCCAAAAUGUUGUGGCCAUUUCAUCAUAUAGUCUUCAACUUGUUCUUCUUCCUUCUUCCAUUUUUAAGAAAAUUAUACAUCUUACCAAUCAAAUGUUCAUCAUCAGGGCACAAGUGUCUCAAAUUCUGAUUUAUUCAACUCAGAACCAUAGUUUCUUGUCCAUAUUUGUCCGCACUAUAUCAUUGAUGAUGAUGAUGAUGAUGAUGAUGAUGAUGACACGACACUUUACAGAUGUUUACACUAUCACUGUUCCUUGCCCUUUUUGUAUCUUUAACGUUUUCUCUUACCUCAAUUUAUGCAUAAAUCAUCUCCUUGAUUUAUUUGCAAAUUUGAAAUUCUAUUGUUUAGCACAGGGGUUCUCAAACUGUGCUCUGCGGAGUCCUUGGGGCUCCACUGGUGAUAGUGAGGGGCUGCUUCCCACCUCCUCCUCUUUCCUCCUCCUGAGAAAUGCAGGGAUAUUAAAGUUUUGAGGUGCUGGAAACAGCAGCAACAUUAGUGUCCUCCUGGGGCACAGACAUUUUUUCCACUGCCCAGACUUUUUUUCGGACUGCCCAGACCCUUUCCCUUUGACUCGAUCGCUGCCUGGACUCUUUUUCUUGCCAACCAGACCCCCCCCCCCCCAAAAAAAUGGCGUUCUUUGCUUCCAAAGCCCUAUUUCAGGGGGUGCUUUGAUUAUGUUUCUCCUCCAUAGCAGGGGGUUGGACUGGAUGGGCUCUGGGAUUUCUACCAUUAUUAUUAUUAUUAAUUACUGUACUAUUAAUUACAAAGGCUAGAUCGCCAUCUGUUGGUGUUUUGAUUGUGCUUUUCCUGCAUGGCAGAAGAGGGUUGGACUGGAUGGCCUGGAGGAUCUUCUACUGAAAUACUGUUAAGCUUAUGCUGGUUAAAAUUGUUCUUCAUUUUAAAUAUUGUAUUGUUCUUUCUUUCCUUUUUUUAAUUUGUUUUGUUGUACUGUGUGAAUUAGCUCACACAAAACUCUCUAUCCAUCUGCCACAUUCCCAGACCAUACAUUAUAUAUAAUAUAUAAACAUUUCUUGGGGCUCCACAAGAAACUUCAAAAAGGGCCCCGUAGCUCAAAAAGUUUGAGAAACCCUGGUUUAGCACAUUGUACAUGUUUUUAUUUCACUUACCAUCAUCAUUAAUACUUGACUCUGCAAUAUUUUUUAUUGUUCACGACCUUGUUCAUGAUGAGAGUUAUUUCAUUCUUCUUUUUAAUCACUGGCAAUAAUAAUUGCAUCUUUGCUAUCUCUUCCUUUUUAAUUUCGCAUUCUGUUGUACAAUAUUAAACCAGCCUCAUAAAGACUUCACUUGAGUGCCCUACCUUUCUAAUGUCCAUGCCUUUAUCCAAGCUAUCUUCAAAAUAUUCUGUCAAAUUUUGUAAUUCCAUUUGCUAUAGACUUUGAGAUAAAAAACGUAUCAAUUCUCAAAAACAAUCUUACGUAUUUCAAGGAAAAGGUAGAUUCUUUAUCAUCUUCGUGUUUAAAUCCCCAACUGCUUAUCAAUACCAGAUUUUAAAAAGGUUUCAGGAAUUUGCUUUGUGCAAUCUUUAUAUUUUUCUCAGAAACUAUCAAUUUGAGGCUAGAUCACUCCAUUCCAUCUCCCAAAAACAAACUAUUGUUAUACGAAUAAUUUGAUAAUGUAUCAAUUAAUUUAUCAUAAAAGGAGUUUGUUCUCUCCAAAAUCGAUUAAUCUGAACUCCCACAUACCUACCCCUUUAUCUUCAAUUCAAUUAUUUUAAAAGCAGCUUGUGUGUACUUUACAUUUUGAUGUGACAUAAGUUCAGAUUGGCUUGAAAGGCCUUUGCAGUGAUACUAAAAGGAAUAUUGUUUCUUUAAUUGGGUAUGUUGCCAUUUUUUUCUGAAAGUGUGUCAGGCUGUUCUUUUAUACGUAAAAGGCCUUUAUUGACUCAAUUUUUGUCCUGUAAAUCAAUACAUUUUCAAAUGUGCCCUUUAACAGUUUUGAGCGCUAAAGGGCAAGCCACAUUCGAAAAUAUACAUCCUUCACUACUCUUAAGUUUGAUCAACUGGCCUUAAUUUGAUAAUUUCAUAUUGGUUACUUUGAGCCCUGUUUAUUCAGCGAGCAUUAUAAGAGGUCCAGAUUUUUAAGAACCACUUUUGUCUCUAUUAUGUUGUGCAUAGCAUGAUCUCGUUGAUUUCUUUAGGGACUGCUGUAUGAUUAAUGACAUGAUGGAAGAUAACUUUUCUAUGUAUAUAGCUUAUCUGGCUAGUUGUCUACUCAUCUGUUAACACAGGUGUUUGUCUAGAGCAGCUGGAGUAUUCCAAAAUGUGAGGUAGCUACCAAAACACUGUCCAAAGCAAAAUGCAAUAUAUAAACCUUCUUUGUGUGGUUCUUUUGCCAAAUACACUUUUGGCCAGUAUUUCAGCAACCCCUGUAUCAAAAACCUCUCCUCCAUUCAUUUGUGGCUGUAGAAGAGGGGGAAAUUUAGGAGUGUGGGGGACGACAAACAUAUGGAGUCUGAGGCUUAAGGCUCAUCAGCCCCAAAGCUAAUGGUGGCCCAUAUUCUUAUAGCCUAGAGCAAGCUUGUCCUCCAAACUGUAACUCCUAAGUCUUAAAUUGCACUGUGCUGCUAUGCCUCUCUGGUAAUAAUGUAUAUAUAUCCUAGAUUUUUUAUAGAUACUAACAUUUGAAGUAAAAAUUUAAUUACCUCCCCAAGAUGUUUUCUUCCAGAAAUAUGCCUUUUUUACACCUUGAACAAAUAGCACAAUGCUGAGUACCAUGUGGGGAGGGCGGAGACAGUGAAGCAAAUCCUGCAUUGGCUUUGAAGAAGGAAAUAAUGCAUGUUAAGCUGAGAGAAACUGCUUGACAAAAUUUAGUUACAUUCUGCUUAAUAAAGACUUCACAAACAAAAAAA